AUGUCAUCUGGGUAUUCAAAACUGGGCACUCUUCUCUUUCUCUGCCUGCUCUUCCGGGGUGGCCUCAGCGCCUGCACCACGAGCACCAUCAAUGAGUGCCACAAUGCUGACUUUCUGCCGGGGGUGCGACUGGCGGGGCAGGGCUACGAUGUGGUGGCGCUGCAGCCCAAGGGGGCCUUUGUCAUCGAUGUGAACACCUGGCGCACGGCCAAUGGGAGCUGCACUCUCUGUGAAAAUGAGCUGCUGAAUGGCAUGCGCCAACGGAUGCCCGUCUCACUGGUGGACUGGCGCACCCUGAGCUCCUGCUGGCGCUCAGUCUCCAGUCGGCUUUACCGAUCGCCGGACAAGCUGGCAGAGUCCGCCAACUCCGCCAUCACCAACAACUGGUGGGAGGACCUGCCCGUGCAAACACCCAAAGCUGCUGUCAAGGUGGUGCUGGCUGGAUCCCAUUUCAAGAUGGUGGAGUUUGGCACCACCCACUCCCAGAGCGAUCGCUACAGUUUCACCAGUCAACAGUUCCGAUGCCUCUACUACCAGAAUCGGGUGAAGGGCAAGCCCCUCUUGGCUUCUGAUUUCCAACGCUCCCUCUCUAGUCUACCAGCCAGCAACGUUGGCAAUGACACAUACCCCUACCAGAAGCUGGUGGCCACCUACGGUACCCACUACCUCACGGCGGUGCAGCUGGGCGGGAGUUACAAGGACGUGACGUCUAUUCGGACGUGCAAGGCGGUGUAUGAGGGCUACACUGCCGAGGAGGUUAAGGACUGCCGUACGGUGGAGGCCGGUGUCAGAGUGGGCCUCACCACCAAAUUCUCGGAGGGGUACCAGCGAUGCCAGGAGAAGGCGCGCUCCAUGAAGCACAGCAACUUCCACCAGGCCUUCAGCGACCGGGAGACGUGGGUGACGGGGGGCCGGACCCGCCAGGGGGUGGACCUCUUCUUCUCCAGGGACGGCUCGGCCUUUGCACGCUGGACGGAGAGCCUACCCACCAGCCCGGGCCUUGUGCGCUAUGCCCUGGAGCCACUCCACCACCUGCUUCCCUCUGGCGACCCCAGGAAGAAGAUCCUGCAG